UGGGCGCCGGCCAAUGGCGUGAGAGCCCCGCCGAGAGUAAUGUUAGAGAGCUGAAGACUGAAGACACUGCGUAUCGCCCUGUGUUCCCUCACACACAGCCAUUGCAGAGCAUUGAGAUCCAGUGAUAGUCCCUAGAUACUGCUGUCAAGCUGUCAAGAUGGUGAGAGAGGCAGGAAAGCCAAGGGGCAAGAUGUCCUCCUAUGCAUAUUUUGUCCAGACCUGUCGGGAGGAGCACAAGAAGAAACACCCCGAAGCUUCGGUUAACUUUGCGGAGUUCUCCAAGAAGUGCUCCGAGCGAUGGAAGCUGAUGUCCGGCAAGGAGAAGGGCAAAUUUGAGGAUCUGGCCAAGCUGGACAAGGUACGCUAUGAGAAGGAGAUGAUGAACUUUGUUCCAGCCCAGGGAAAAGGCAAGAAGAAGAAGUACAAGGACCCUAAUGCCCCCAAGAGACCCCCAUCUGCCUUCUUCAUCUUUUGCUCAGAGUUUCGCCCUAAGGUGAAAGGCGAGACCCCUGGUCUGUCCAUUGGAGAUGUUGCAAAGAGGUUGGGUGAGAUGUGGAAUGGCACCGCUUUGGAGGACAAGCAGCCCUUUGAGAAAAAGGCAGCUAAACUGAAGGAGAAGUAUGAGAAGGACGUCGCAGCAUAUCGCGCUAAGGGCAAAACGGGCGGUAGUGGCGGACCAGCAGCAGCAAAAGCCCCGCCCAAGGUAGAGAAGAAGGUGGAAGAUGACGACGAUGACGAUGAUGAUGAUGAGGAGGAUGACUAUGAUGAUGAUGAUGACGAGUAGAUGCCGAGUGACAUAUGUAGUGGUCAUUUUCUUGUUUAUAAAGCAUUUAACCCCCUUGUACACACUUCACUUAUUGAAAGAAAAUAUGUUAGUAUCCAAGGGGUAGGAAAAAAACAACAAAAAAGGCUGUGUAUAUCGGUUGUUUUUAUGCUGUACAGUUUUUUUCUCCUUUUUGUAUAGUUGACACUACGCAAGUACUGUGUCUGUAUCUUUCUGCCAGUCUUAUUUUUUCAGUGAUAGUUCCUAGACCACUAUCUUGCCUGGUACAGUGUAAAAGGGUGGGCUUACAGUAUUUACCCUAGCUAGAGGUGCACAGCACAUAAAAAAAAAAAAACAAAAAAAAAAACUUUGAGUUAGAUCUGAGUGUUUCUUUUUUUUUUUUUCCUUGUGUGUUUUUAUUUCAAAUGACAUGUUAUCAAAAUUGACGUAUCACAGUUGUUUUACUGAUCUUUAUGUACCACUGUAAUAGCAAGAAUAAGAAAAGAAAAACGCCUUGUUGAAAUUUAAAUUGCUUCUGAUGUCAAUAAACAUUUUUUUUUUUAAUAAA